GGAAACGAAACGUGGUCUGAACAAUUUUCGUUCCUCCGGUCUUGUGGCUAUAAAACCUGCCACGGGCUUCCAGAGACAGACCAGUAUUUCGUGAAUCUCCACUGAAGGAAGCCAAGUUUUUUUUCUUUCUUUUAGUCCUGAGUAAGGAGAAGAGAAAAUUUUGAGGUCCUUCAUAAGUGUUGAUUGAACUUUUUCUUCAUUGAAAUGGCAUCCUUGUUUCAGUAUUCCUUUGUCAUCAUCUGCUGUGCAGUAAUUGCUCAAGGAUCAUCUGGGGACAGAUUUCCUGUGGGUGUGGACCCUGCAGCAUGUCCCAAUUAUCCAUUUUGUGAUGUCAACACAGAUCCCAGGGGCCACCAGCAGAGCCCUCAUGGGUACUCAGGCCCAAUUGUCCAGAACCAGCAUCCUCAGCAAUACAACCCAGCAAGUCGCCUAGCAGCUGCAUAUGGUCCAUCCUCAAAUGCCAUUUCCAGACCAGCCCAUUUGCCCCAACAACAAUACAUUCCAGCACCUCAACCAGCACCAUACAACCCUCACCAGCAACAAUACAACCCUGCUUAUCUCCAACCCCAGCAGCCUGCUUAUCAAGCUCAGCCUCAACCACAGCACCACAGCCAAGCACCUCCAAGGUACCAACAUGUUCCUGCCCCAGCACCUCAUCAUCAACCUGCUUACCACACCAACAGCAUCCACCCACAGUCCAGGAGCAUUGAACCUGCAUUUCCCAAAGCUCCUGUUCAACACUACAACCAGCCCCAGCAGGUGCCCAGCAGUGGACAUGGAGAUCUAGGUGGAGCCAAAUACCCUGCAGGAGUGGACCCAGCAUCUUGCCCAAAUUUCCCUUACUGCCACAAUGGAGGCAGUGAUGGGAACCAUCAGGUUGCCACUAGGAAUGCACCUCAGUACCACCAAAGGCAGCAGCAGCAGCAACCAGCACAUGCUGCUGGGGGGUAUCCUGGUGGAGCACAUCCCCAUGGCAGCUUUUUGCGCCACUAAUGGGAUGCUUUGCAAAAUUUCAGUGAUUAAUUUCACAAGGAUGAUGGCAUUUUUUUCUAGGUCUUCUUGACAGAUUUUGAUUUGGCAUUCUUGACUUUUUCCCCCCUUGUGAAUUUCAUGGCAAAUGCAUUUUCAUUAGGUAAA